AUGGCCUCUCAACAUGAGCGCACAUUGCCAGCCAAACACAACAUCCUCUUGAUCGAGGGUGUUCCAGAUCACACCGAUAUGGUUUCGCGUCGACGCCUUGGGCAAACUAAGCUUACACCUAAGAUGAGCGGCUCUAACGACUCCUCCGAACUCGGUGUGUUCGACUACGCGCAUCUUCGCGCUCCUUUGCCCAAGGGCAUCGUCUCUGGAAUCUUCAAGUCCAGCCCCAGCAGCUAUUUCCUCAUGCGACGCAGUUACGAUGGUUACGUCUCAGCGACUGGCAUGUUCAAGGCCAGCUUCCCCUAUGCCGAGGCUUCUGAUGAAGAGGCGGAACGAAAGUACAUCAAGUCUCUUCCAACUACGAGCCACGAAGAGACUGCCGGUAACAUCUGGAUCCCCCCGGAGCAAGCUCUCGCCCUCGCUGAGGAGUACAAGAUCACUCCCUGGAUUCGCGCGCUACUGGACCCUACUCCGAUCAGCAUGUUAACUCCUUCCGGCUCGCCUGCCAAGACCAUCAUGGCUCCUCCCAAAUUUGAUGUCUUCAAGGCCGCGCAACCUGUGUUGGCCCCCCCUACGCCAUCGGUCGCUCCUCGAAGCACGCGCUCGCGUCGCUCUGCCAGCCCCACCAAGAGCACAAGGCGCGCCCCUCCUUCACCUCGAAAGCGGAGCACCCGUGCCAAGGCCGAGACUGUCGAAACUAUCACAGAGAAGGUCGAUCUCCUCAACGGUGCCCCGGAACUCGAGGCCAAGCGGGAAGAUAUUGUGUUACAAUCCACCGAAUUUGAGCCCGCCAUUGUUCUGGAGCCCAGGGAGGAAGACCCUAAGGUGAAGGUUCACGUUGAAGAGGAUGUUAUUACAGAUGAUGCUGGUGUUGAGACCAAGCGUACAAUUACCGAGGUCGAACUUCCCCUCCCUACUGCUGGCGAGCCCCCAAGUGCCGAGGAAAUCGCUCAGAUGAUGAACGCAGCCAAGGAGAUGGUCCAAAAGAGUAAGGAAAAUGGAGUUGAAGAUGAGGAGCAAGAGAUCAAUGCUGAAGAGGGCUCUGCUUCUGCCAAGAAGAGCAAGCGCAAGGCUGGGGACAUCUCGGUGGGCGAUGAAGAGGGUGAUAAGACCCCAGAGGAGCAGCCCCGAUCAAAGAAGGUUAAGACUGAGACCCAAUUAAGAAAAGAAAAGGUGAAGAACCGGGCGUUGCUUGGUCUAGGCGCCACUGUCGCAGUUGGCGCCAUCGUUCCUUGGCUCAUGAACUUCCUCUAA